AUGGACUCGCUCUCGUCGACCACCUCGAUCGACAAGGAGAAGGGCGUCGCUGGCGGCACGAGGGUGACGCCGGCCGCAGCGGCGCACCCCGUCCUCGCCGACGUCGACGAGAAGGACGAGGACGAGGGCGCCCACGUCGCUGGCUACGAGCGCAACGAGUACACGCAGGAGGAGGCCGACGCCGUCAAGCGCAAGCUCGACCGACGAGUCAUGCCGCUGCUCGCCGCCGUCUACUUCUCGCAAUUUCUCGACAAGAACUGCACCUCGUACGCCGCCAUCAUGUCGCUCCCGAUCAAGGGCGAGCACUACAACCUGGUGUCUAUGGCCUUCUACCUGGGCUUCCUCGUCUUCGAGAUCCCGACCACCAUGAUCUCGCAGCACUUCCCGCUCGCAAAGUACCUCGGCGUCAACAUCCUCAUCUGGGCGACCGCCCUCACCCUUCACGCCGCCUCGGCCAACUUUGGCUUCUUUUUCACCAUGCGCUUCAUCCUAGGAAUGGCGGAAUCUUGCGUGAGCCCGAUUCUUAUCACCAUGGUGGCAGCUAUGUACCCGAAGCAGCAGCAGGCGAAGCGGAUCAGCAUGUUCUACAUGUGCAAUGGGUUCACGAAUUGUAUUGGAGCCCUCAUCGCGUACGGGGCGACGUUCUACGAAGGCCACGCGAUUGCGCACUGGCGAAUCCUGUACAUCAUCCUCGGCGGUCUCGCGUUUGUCGUCGGCGUUUCGGUCCUCGUAUGGCUGCCCGACUCGCUCGCGACGGCGACCUUCCUAAGCGAACGCGAGAAGGUCGUCGCGUUCGAGCGAGUCCGCGACAACCAGACGGGCACACGCUGCAAAGUCACGAAGCGGUACCAGGUCGUCGAGGCGUUGACCGACCCAAAGACGUGGCUCCUCCUCCUCUUGACGGCGCUCUCGAGCAUCCCGAACGGCGGGCUCGCCGCCUUCUCGAGCAUCAUCAUCAAGAGUUUCGGCUACACGUCGCGCGAGACGCUGCUCUUGCAGAUUCCUCGCGGCGUCAUUGCCGCCCUCACGACGAUCACGGUCUGCCAGCUCUCGGACCGCUUUGGCACCCGCAUGCUGCCCAUCCUUCUCGCGGUUGUCCCGACGGUCAUCGGCGCCGCGCUCUUGGUCGCCUCCUCAGGAGGCUCAAAGAGCAUGAGCCUCGCCGGCAUCUUCCUCGCCGAGACCUACGGCAGCGCUCUCGCGCUUCAGUACGCGUGGACGGCGAGCAACACUGGCGGCGCGACCAAGAAGUCGACCGUGAACGGGCUCUUCCUGUCCACCUUUGCUCUCAGCAACAUCAUCGGCACUCAAAUCUUCCGGCCGACCGACGCUCCCUCGUACACGCCGGGCAAGAUCGCCAUCCUCACCCUGUUCGCCGCCAUGAUCCCGACCGUCCUGGUGAUGUACGCAUUCACCCAAUUUCUCAACCGCAAGAAGGUCGCGCAGCUCGCGCGACUCGUCGAGGAGCACGGUUGGUCGCCCGAGGAGGUCGACGCGCAGCGCUCUCGCGCCGCCAUGGAGGACAAGACGGACCGCGAGAACGUCUUCCAGACCUACGUUUCGUGA